AUGUCAAUGCUUCGACGAGGCUCAUAUUCAACUAUUUCAUUUAUUACAAGAGUUAACAUUAUUUAUAGAAGAAGCAUAUCCAAUUCGCUGUACAAAAUGUCAAAACGUAUUCUAAUUACUGAUUUUUUCAGUAAAGAUGUAUCAAAGGCCAAAAAAACAAAAAUCCAAAAGUCAAAGAUAAGAAAACCUACUGAGAAGAAGAAAGAUAUUCUGAAUGGUAAACAAACUAUUGCUAAGGAACAGAUCGAGAAAUCAGAGGAAAAAGAACUAAAAGAUGAGAAAGCAGUAGAUGAAGUGUCAAAAGAUGAAAAAUUAGUAGAUGAGGUGUCAAAAGAUGAGAAGGUAGUAGAUGAAGUGUCAAAAGAAGAAAAACCACAGGAUAUAAAGAAUCAAACAAAAUCUGAUGAAGAAGUAUCUGCUCCAGAAUUUAAUGGUAUUGUUAAAGAUCAUCCAGAUAACUAUGAUAAAUUUUGUGAAAAAUUCAAUUUCAAUAAAUCCAAAUGGGUAGAUUCAUUAAAUCCCGAGCAAAGAGAAUUGUUACGUUUAGAGAUUGAAAGUUUACAUAUAACAUGGCUUGCAUUUCUUCAUAAAGAAUUGACAAAACCAUAUUUUCUUAAAUUAAAGAAAUUUUUGAAAUCACAACUGGGAAAGACAAUUUAUCCACCUGCUAAUCAAAUUUACUCUUGGUCACAAUUGACACCAUUACCUGAUGUGAAAUGUUUAAUUAUUGGACAAGAUCCAUAUCAUGGACCGAAUCAAGCACAUGGAUUGGCAUUUUCUGUACUCGAACCGACGCGCCCUCCUCCAUCAUUGGUUAAUAUCUAUAAAACAAUAAGUAAUGAUUAUCCAAAUUUCGAAGUACCAGAUCCUAAGAAACAACCAGGAGGAGGUAAUCUUACCAAAUGGGCCAAGAGAGGAGUUUUGAUGCUUAAUGCUGUUCUUACAGUAGAAGCUCAUAAAGCAAAUAGUCAUGCUAAUCAAGGUUGGGAAGAAUUCACUGAGAAUGUGAUUAAAAAUAUUUUGGAAUUUCAUAAAGAUGAUGCUCUUGUUAUUAUGGCAUGGGGUUCGCCAGCUCAGAAAAGAGUAGCCAAAUUUAAAAUGGCUUCUAAUAAAGAUCACUUUUUAGUUUUGAAAACAGUUCAUCCUUCACCAUUGUCAGCUUAUCGUGGAUUUUUGAACCUGAAAGUCUUCCUUCAAUGUAAUGAAUUUUUGGAGAAACACCAAAAGGAUAAAAUAGACUGGGGUUUAAUAGAUGGAAAUAUUGUGAAAUAG